GUCGGAUAGUAGACUAAACUGUUUGUUGUUUGCAAGAAAAGUUGCCUUGUACGCAGAUCUGUUUCCCCCCUUUCCUAUUUAUUCUAUUUUAUUCGUUAUUAUUAUAUUUACUAUUUAUUUCUACAGUUUAGUCCUGACACCUUUUUCUGGUACCUCAAAACUGACGGAGGACGGAUAGAAGUUCGCUUGUUACAUCCGAUCCGUUAAGUCCGGGUUAUGGGUUACUUACUUUACCUGUAUGGGACUGGACACGAGACGAGGGCCAAUUUUGCUUGCUGGCCAGCUGGCUGGGAGUCUGAGAGAGAGACAGAUGGAGACGAAAAGGGCGAGCAGGGAAAGUUGGAUCAGAGAGGGAAGGGACAAUCAACUGAUGAUCCACAGGAGAGCAGAAACAAGAUCAAUGAAGAGAAAAAUUGGCUAACUCCGCAGUUAUGUUCAGAAUUUCCAUGUCUCUCUUUUGCCUAGGCCAGUUUAUGGAGUAUUUUCUCUUCUUUUUG